AUGUUCCUUCAUCGUUCGAACUCAUCUUCCACCCACCUCUGCAGACGAAACCUCCAUCCAUCAACCAACACAAUGAGCAGCCACCGCGAGAAAGCCCCCCAGAAGAAGGGUUCCACUCAGCCUCACAAGCACCACGAGCAUCAUGAGACAGGGUAUACAGAUGAAGCGGCUGUCGAGUGUCACGAUUUGAUUGAUCGUGCCGAGGAAGAGGCCCACCUCCACGAGCCCGGAUCCAUGUACGAGCCAACAACUCACCCCGAGAAGGUCCACCUGGCGAAUACUAGCUCUUCGGGAAAGAAGAGCUCCUCGUCAAGCAUGCCGUCCUCGGGCAGCAAAUCGAAGAAGUCCGGUUUGGAAGGAUCCAGCAGCAGCACAAAGGAGAGCAUGAAAGAAGGCAUGGGGUCGAUGAAGGAGAGCAUGAAGGAGGGUAUGGGCUCCAUGAAGGAUACCAUGAAGGAUGCCAUGGGCAUGAAGAAAUAG